UUUGGUGUUCAGAUAUGGAUGGAGAAGGUAGGAGGAAAAGCGAGAAACAGCUGCACAAUCACUACCACCUGAAUCCUCUCAGAAAUUCUUUUUGGCCCAGAAGUGACUUCUGCUUCUGGUGGAUCAACUAAACCUACCUCUGAUCAUCAAUAGUAAUCUAGGGUGGUGAAUCAGUAACAAGUUACAACUACACCUCAAUCAGUACUCCUCCCCCCUCACGUUCUGCAACUUGAGAACCAUUGCAACAACAUCAAUGGCGGUUUCAGCUAAUGAUAAAGGUGCAUGCUUCUCCCUCCCACUCUCUCUUUGUGUUUUCUCUCCCUCUUCCUUGUCACUUCUUUAUGGGUUAUGUAGUAGUUGUAGCAGAAGAUGUGAAUGAUUGUCCGAUAGAGGAAGUCCGGCUGACAGUUGCAAUCACCGAUGAUCGGACGAUGCCGGCAUUGACGUUCAGAACAUGGGUGUUGGGUGUCCUUUCGUGCAGCAUUCUUUCCUUCGUAAACCAGUUUUUCCGGUUCCGUCAGAACCCAGUGAGCAUCGGAUCCAUUUCAGUCCAACUAGUAAUACUUCCGGUGGGAAAGUUGAUGGCGGCGACGCUGCCGGAGAAAAUCCUGACGGUGCCAAUGACUGGGUGGUCAUUCUCAUUGAACCCAGGGCCAUUCAACAUGAAAGAACAUGUUCUUAUCACCAUCUUUGCAAACGUUGGAAGUGGUGGCGUUUAUGCACUCCAUAUUGUCACCAUUCUCAAAGUUUUCUACAAGAAGGAAAUCCAGCCCAUUCUUGCCGUCUUGCUAAUCCUAAUCACCCAGGUGCUUGGAUAUGGUUGGGCUGGUCUCUUCAGAAAGUACCUUGUUGAUUCACCCUACAUGUGGUGGCCAGCCUCACUCGUUCAGGUGUCCUUGUUUAGGGCUCUACAUGAGACGGAACAAAGGGUAAAGGGUAGAUUAACAAGGCUUCAAUUCUUCUUCAUAGCCCUUGGCUCCUGCUUUGCUUACUCUGUUAUCCCAACCUAUUUCUUCCCUUCAAUAACUGCACUCUCAUUCAUUUGUUGGAUAUGGCCUAAGUCAAUCACAGCCCACCAAAUUGGUGGAGGUGUACAAGGUCUAGGCCUCCUAUCAUUUGGACUCGACUGGAACGUGGUGUCAUCCUUUUUGUAUAGUCCGUUGGCAUUCCCAGCCUAUUCCAUAAUCUGUUCACUUAUGGGUGCAUUCCUCGCACUUUAUGUUGCAGUCCCCAUCUUAUAUUGGUCCAAUGCCUUUGAAGCGAAGCGGUUUUCGAUCUUCUCAAGCGGCACAUUUGAUGAAUCUGGAAACCGCUACAAUGUCACACGGAUCUUGGAUCAGAAAACUUUUACUUUCGAUCAACAAGCCUAUGAUAGCUACAGUAAGGUCUAUCUCAGUGUCAAUUUUGCGUUUACUUAUGGUAUGAGCUUUGCGACAUUAGUUGCAAGUCUCUCCCAUGUUGCCCUUUUUAAUGGAAGAUGAUCUUGGCCUUAACACUUCACAGAUCAAUUUGGCGACAAAUGAAGUCAAGCAUACAAGAUAAUUCUGGAGAUGUCCAUAACAGGAUAAUGAAGAAUUAUAACUCAGUCCCACAAUGGUGGUUUUAUACAGUCUUUGUGGUAGUGCUUCCA